UAUUUUGAUAGUCUUACCCGGAAGUGUUUCGAUACAAACAACCGCUCAUAGCAUGUAGCAGAUGUCCCAUUCAGUUCAUUUUUGGAAAUGUGGUUUUGGACAGUAGCGCCAUGAGACUGUCCAAAUGUAGGUCACUAAAUCCGGUGGACUUGUCGUUAGCGUUACAGUUACAAACCCUUCGUAUUCGCUAACGUUAAUGUUAGCUCGUUGGCUUAAGUUAUGUUAGCUAAAUUCGCUUAAAGAUUUAGGGCGGUGAGGUGAAGCAGCUUGAGCGAGAGAAACACCAGAGCAAGGUGUCACUGACCUGGUCGAAGUAUGGCCGACGACCCUCAGAGAAACUUCCGCUCUGCAUACUAUGAGAAGGUGGGCUUCAGAGGAGUGGAGGAGAAGAAAUCACUGGAAAUACUGCUCAAGGAUAAUCCUCUGGAUCUGGAAAAGCUGAGCACCUUCAGUCAGAGGUUUCCUCUCCCCUCCAUGUACAGGAUCCAUGUGUGGAAAGUAUUGUUGGGAAUCUUACCACCGCACAGUGACUCUCACUUUCUGGUGGGAGGCUACAGGAAGGAGCAGUACCAGGAUAUCCUGGAGGCUCUGGAGGUGAUGAGAUACAUAAACUCGUCCACACCCUCCACCCACAUAUACCUGCGCAUGUUCCAGCUGGAGAGUCAGGUGCUCCCUCGAUGCUCAGAGACCUCUGCCCCGGAUGAAGAGAAUGAGGACUUCCUCUCUAUCAGUCGAGCCAUGGAGGAGAUUGUGGAUGAUCCCAUCGACUGUUACUGGCUCAUCAAGUGUUUUGUCAAUCAGUUCCACACAAAGUUUGGAGACUCAGUGCCCCAUCUGCCAAAGAGCCUGGAGCAUUAUCUGAGUCAGGAGGAACCUCGACUGCUGAACCAUCUGAAGAUCAGCGGAGCUCUCGCUCAGCUGCCCUACAGCCUCUGGUUCAGACGCUGCUUCGCUGGCUGCCUGCCUGAGUCCAGUCUGCAGAGGGUGUGGGACAAGGUGAUCAGUGGUUCCUGUAAGAUCCUGGUGUUUGUGGCCCUGGAGAUUCUGCUCAGCUACAAGAUCAUUCUGAUGGGCAUCAACCGGCCUGAAAGCGUCGUCAAGUUUCUGUGCAACAUACCGCAGGAGAACACAGACGCUAUUGUGACUAAAGCGAUCGACCUUUGGCACAAAUAUUGUGGCACUCCGAUGCAUGCUGUGUAACCACGAGGGACUUGACUUUGUCUUCACCGACAGACAGACUCUGCCGUACAAGUAGCAGGGAUUCAUCUCUGCAUUACUGAACUGAAAACUCAUCACUGACUACUUUCAUUGAAGAGAUGAGAGCCAUUUAUCAUAUUGACAAGUCAAUUCCCAGCUGAUAAUCUAGAAGUGGAAAGAACCUGAACACUGAAAAUACUUUCCAAACAGAGUGGACAUUCGUAAGUGUGAAUGCACAAAAAGGCAAAGAAGCUUUAACUUAUUUUUUAAUAAGUUUCUUUCUUUAAGAAACUGCAUACAUCAUAGAAGACUCACAAUAAAUUAAUACUCACAUGCAGUUUUUCUGCUUUACAAAAAACAUUUGAAAACUUUCUUUGAUCUGUACAAGUCUUAUAAUUCUCAGAAUAUUUUCUCCCAAAACACUUUUAAACAUACAAGAGACAGUAAUGUUACUGAUGCUUGUAUGUAGGCAUACACACACAUUCACUCAAAACAGUCAUAACACACACACACACAACAGUUCUCCCAAUGAUACAGUCAAAACUGAAAUUCAUGAACUGUAAACAAUAAAGAAGAAAACACAAGGUGGCAGGGUUUCUGACUUUGUACCGUUUAAGAUUCAUCUGAGACAAUAAAAUAUGAAAUAUUAAAAAA